AUGUGUCCACAAGUCUCUGCUAUCACCCCUUUGAGCCACGCGUCACUAAUCGACAAUCUCGAUGAGGAAUAUGGAACUGAAGAGUUCAAGCUAAAGGCAUACGAGUCACUGGGAGGUGCCGUAAGGAUUCCAACUGUGUGCUAUGACGAUCUUGGCACUCCAGAAGAGGACCCGCGGUGGGAGAUAUUCAAUAGCUUCCAUACCUACAUCGAACAGCGUUUCCCAAACGUCCACGCCACACUCGAGCGCACCAAGGUUGCGACCUACGCACUUGUGUAUCACUGGCAAGGAACGGAUGCGUCUUUGAAGCCCCUUCUCUUGGCUGCGCAUAUGGAUGUGGUCCCCACAAACGCUGCCACUGACGCUGAAUGGAUCAACCCUCCUUUCUCUGGUCACUAUGAUGGGGAGUGGAUUUGGGGGAGAGGCAGCUGCGACGAUAAGCCUGGAGUUAUCGGUAGCAUGACGGCCAUCGAAACUCUCCUUGAGCGAGGGUUCAAACCUACAAGAACUGUCAUCUUAGCUUAUGGCAUCGAUGAGGAGCGCGGUGGGCCUACUGGAGCUGCUGCAAUUGGAAAAUAUCUCGUAAAGACCUACGGAGAAGAUUCCAUCUCAAUGAUUGUCGAUGAAGGAGGAGGAUUUUCAGACUUGAGCGGUACUAUUUUUGCCACUCCCGCCGUCGCGGAGAAAGGCUACUUGGACGUUCGCGUGGACGUCCUCACACCUGGAGGGCACUCGAGCAGGCCUCCCAAACAUACCGGCAUUGGUAUCCUCGCAAACCUUGUCACCGAGCUGGAGGCAAACCCACACGUCCCGGAGCUUGCACGUGAUCGAACCUACUAUCAGGGUUUGCAGUGCAGGGCAAAGUACGAUGCUGGGUUCCCCUCCGAUAUGCGCAAACUUGUUCUCGAAUCGCAGUCCAGCGACGAGAAGUUGCAUGAGCUGGCGACAAAGCUUAACGAUUUCGAUCCAGCAUACUCUGCUUCAGCAGGUACAACUCAGGCCAUCGAUAUCAUCUAUGGUGGCGUUAAGGUUAACGCACUACCAGAAGCCGUUUACGCCAUUGCAAACCACAGAAUCGCAGACCACAGCUCGGUCUCUGAACUCCAAGACCGAUUUGCAAGCAUCGUUGUACCUGUUGCGGCAAAACACAACAUGUCUGUGGAUGCCUUUGGGAAGGUAGUCGGCCUUGAGGCAUCUACCUGGGGUCAUGUGAAGCUUUCAGACGCAUUCGACUCAGCAUUAGAACCGGCACCUGUCACCCCAACCACUGAAAGUGGGCCAUAUGAAUUGCUUUCGGGUACCGUCUUGUCCACGCUGAAGACUAACCUCCGUACGGACGACUUCCCUGACGUUUCUGUUGUGUCACCUGGCCUUUCCCUCGAUAAUCUGAACAUGCGUUUUCCAGACACAAGGCAUUACUGGAGCCUUACCAAACACAUUUUCCGAUAUGGCCACAGUGGUGCCGCUGAUCGCUAUAACGGCGCGCAUACCAUAAACGAAGCCAUCAGAGCAGAGGGCUUCUUGGAACAGAUUCGCUUCUUCACGAGGUUGAUCCUGAAUGCUGACGAAACAAACCUCCUGGAGUGA